CGUACGCGAGGCCAGGAACACAAGAAUUCAACCUCCGUACCGCCAAGCCAUCUUACCUGUGUACCUAUCUCCAAUUAUCCUCGUGCCCUGUUUCACCGCUCUGUACCAGAUACAAGACGACCAGAGCUGGGUACCUCAUUCCAUGGUUCAUGCCAAUCGGUAUCGGUAUCGGUUUCGCUUACUGUCUUCUCAGAAGGGAGGGUUGAAAGUUACUCCAUGCACCGAUUCCAUCCAUUCAAUAGAUACGGGCUACUAUCUCUUUUGAGCAGUUAGAAACCAUCAUUCUCCUCUCUCUCACGGUCUUCUCUCUCUCUCUCUCUCUCUCUCUCUCUCUCUCUCUCUCUCUCUCUCCGUGCUCGCGGCCGAUCAUUGGGGAGGGGAGGAAAGAGAGAUGGGCAGCUGGGCCGUGUUCUUGUUCGCCUACCUCCUCGGCGGGCUGACCUUCAUCCCUCUCGCCCUCCUCGCCUUCCUCGCGCACGCCCACUUCUCUCUCCCCUACCGAGAGCAUAGCGGAGGCACCGAGACCCACGACGAGUACUCCGAGAGCAUCGUACAGCCUGGAGAUGACCUGGCCCCUCUCGAGGAUGCAAGGAGCACGGGCGCCCUGAAGGAAGAGGCUGGCAGCCUCCGGUCACGCUCGACCCAGGAGAGCGAGGUGGCCGCCGGAUACUUCGCCGUCUGCAGAGAGUACGUGCCCAUGGGUAUCAACGCGAAACCCAUCGAACGGGCCACGCCUGUCGGGUCGACCACGGUGGCGGCCCCGAGCCAGAGCGUCUACCAGACCAUGUAUCGCAGCAUCUUCGACAGGAAACAGCCGCAAGGGCCCUUGGACAACAAGAACGCCAUUAGCCAAAGACCGAAGAAUGCAGGCAAUGUCUUCUACGUCGUUCUCAGGCACGGUCAUCUCAUGCUCUUCGACGACGAGGAACAGCUCGAAGUCCGACACGUCGUUUCCCUAGCCCACCACGAUAUUAGCAUUUACUCCGGAGGAGACAUUACACCCGAAGGCGAGCUUUUCAUCAAGAAGAAUGCCCUCUGCUUGUCGAGACGCCAGGAUGGAACGGACACUGGCCCUGAUGGCCAGCUUUCCAAGCCUUUCUAUCUGUUCUCCGAAGAUAGCUCGGCUAAAGAGGAUUUCUACUUCGCCCUCAUCCGGAAUCAAGAACAAUACUUCGACGUUGAUAAGACAACACCCAAGCCUCGUCAAUUCGAGGUAAAGAAUAUCAUCUCUCUCGUCCAGAGACUCCACUCCUCCGAAGACCAGGUCCCGACGAGGUGGUUAAAUGCCAUGAUCGGUCGUGUGUUCCUGGCGUUAUACAGGACGGCCGACCUCGAACACUUCAUUCGAGAGAAGCUCACCAAAAAGAUCUCCCGUGUGAAGCGGCCGUCUUUCCUCACCAACAUCGUUAUUCGAAAGAUCGAUACGGGCGACUCGGCUCCGAUUCUCCUGAACCCUCGACAUAAAGAGCUCAGCGUCGAAGGAGAGUGCGCCAUGGAGGGAGAUGUGAAGUACACGGGUAACUUCCGACUGGAAGUGGCUGCCACGGCGCGACUCGAUCUUGGGACCCGAUUCAAGGCUCGCGAGGUCAACCUGGUCCUAGCCGUCGUGCUGAGGAAACUGGAAGGUCACGUCAUAUUCAAGAUCAAGCCACCGCCGAGCAACAGGAUCUGGUUCUCGUUCCAGACCAUGCCCAAGAUGGAGAUGACGAUUGAACCCAUUGUCAGCUCUCGACAGAUUACAUACACCCUUAUCCUCCGGCAAAUCGAGAACCGGAUUAAAGAAGUCAUCGCCGAGACGCUAGUCCAGCCCUUUUGGGACGACAUACCCUUUUCCAACACGGAGCACAAGAAAUGGCGUGGCGGCAUCUGGGAAGGCGACGACGCUGUUGUUACCUCCUCUAGGAUAGAGGCCACCAUCGCGCAGGGAGGAGAUGUUGACGCUGUGGACCGUCUUGAGAGGUCAGGAGAGGCAGGAGAGGUCCAAGCGGAACUGCGACCCAUCGAGAAGAGCAUCAGCGAACCUCUCGCCGAUAACGCGGCUCCCACGGGCUUGCUUGGAAGGAAGUUGGCCAAAAAGUCAUCUGCGAGUACCCUGACGGGGACCACGACUGGUGCUGACACCCAGACAUCGGGUCCUUCGGCCUCUCUCCCGAGGACAUUACGACCUGGCUCCAUGUCGAGCCCUUCAGAUCCUGUAAUACGCACCGAUCCCACGCACGCCGACGUUUUCAAACCGUCAUCAUCACCACCGGACCAUGCAUCGAGCAUGAUGGCGGCUCUAUCGGCUUGGUCACAACCAGCGUCCGCUGUGGACACUCCGCUCGAUUCUCCCGCCCGCCCAGCGUCCGUGUCACAGGGCCCAAGUCAGUCUUUUCGGUCCACCUCUUCGUCCCAGGAAACAGCGGAUAGCGAGAAGGAAGUCGAAGGGACAACUGUCGCCUCGAAUCGGCGCAAUACUGCUUCAUCAACGGACUCUGCUUUCCAGGACGACGGUACCAAUACAUCGGCGCCUCCGUCGCCGUCUCUCAGGCACUCGCUAAGGAGCAACACAGGGUCGAUAAAGAGCAACGCAAGCGCUAUAACCAGGGGUCUAUUUGCUCGGCGGGAAACCACGGGCGACUCGCAGUCAAGCGGACAGUCCAACAGCGAUUCGAGCCACAAGCGGACUACGCUCUCCGCCAUGGCGAGCGCGGCGACACAGGCGCGCCAGUGGGGCUGGAACGCACUGCAGCGACAGAAAGAAGGGAGGAUCGGCUCGUUCGGCGAGUCGUCGCCACCACCCCCCUUGGACUUGAGUAAGCCUAUGGGACGGGGCCAACCGCUCCCUCCGCCAGGAACGCCGCUCCCCAAACCGGAUAAGAACUCGAAGGUUACCACGAUCCCCGUACCACCCAAGCAUAAACCCGUACCGCCGUCGCCGUCGCCGUCGCAGGCACCAGAAAGGUGGCAGGAAACGCAGCUCUGUGAAGAAAACGAGAGCGGGGACGGGAAAGCAGAACGCAAACCGGUACCGACGCCGCCGUUGCCAGCCCGGAGGUUGAGGGAUAGGGGUGGGGGCGGGGGCGGGGAUGAGAGGGGUAAUGGCAACGAUGUGCUCAUCAUCGCUGCGCCGGUUGGGUCCGAGCCGUCGACACCGAUGGAAGAGGAGGUCUUGAGGGGCUACGAGGAGUCGGGUCACGGGCAGCCGUGGGCCGAGGACCGAGCAGGCGUCGAUCCGAGCAGUCUAGAUUCUUCCCUCACCCGCCGUCUUGCGUCUCUGGAAGGAAACGAAGCGAAUGCAUGGGCAGACUCGGUGCGCUCAGACAAGGACAGUCCGGGAUUGGGCAAGGAGGAGAGUUCCAUACAGGCGCGGCCGGCCCGCCAGGGGGCUCAGGAAGCCGACGACGAUGAGGAUUUUUCGGGGUGGUUUGAUAACGGCGAGUUGGAGAUGGAAGAGGAGGAGAAGCUGGAGGAGCAGGGGAGUCAGAUGGGGAAUGUCAAGCGUUGAGACCGGACGGGAAUUACGACAAUAGAGCAGCACUACAGUGGGUCGAUUCAACCAGGUGUAAAGGGUCGCUUCAGCUGGGGCGGGUUCUGGGUUACAUGGAAUACGCCAUCAAUCCCUAUAUUGGGAACAUGACAUAUGAAAUAGUAAUGAGACAAAAUGAACAUAUUCGGAUAGUUGGCCGUCAUACGAGGUGAACUACGGGGAAGACCUUCCCCACCAAUGCUUAGGAAGCUUGGGGGCAUAUUGUGUUCAACUCGGUGUCUGGGCAUGACGGUAUCAGGUGGAGCGGUCUUCCAGACACAUACCUAGGUAGAAAGCAGGGGAGACAGAGACGGUAUAAACACACACAAGGCAACUAACACCAUACAGAUGCCGCUCUGAAGGUGUAUACACGAGAAGGGGCAGGGACAUGCGGGAC